AUGCAUGGAGAGAUUGAGAGAACCAAACAAACAAUGGACCAAAGACACCCCAUGUAUGGUUACUUAAGACCACAAAGGAGACUUAAAUCUCGAAGAAGCUUUAUUGCCAAUUCGACCACUAUCCAAGAUUCACCGGAACAACACAGAAUACGAAAAUGGAGAGAAGAGCUAAAAUGUGAAAAACCUGUCCCGCCUUCUGAUAAUUUACCGUGUGGAGGAAACCAACCAUGGAUUAUAUGGAAGACAUUAAAUAGGCUAAGAACUAGAAUAGCUAAAACAAAAGCAAACAUGAUGAAAUGGGGUCAUGGGAAUACCAGAAAGAACCAGACAUACUAUGCGAAUGUGGCGAAGUACAAUGAGAUGACCACUUAUGAGUGCACACUAGCCCCGCCAAGAUGCACGACCGACGACUUGGAUUUAGCCAACGAAAAAGCAAUAGCAAUGGCCACUCACUGGCUAAAACAAAAUAUUUAA